AUGGCUGUCCCGCUCAGUACCGCGCAGGUGCCACAUGAAGACAUUGAAGUUUCAGACGCAGGUGACUUCACUAUCCGCAUUAACGAGUUCGACCCAGCGAUCAGGCAAGACGAACGCUCCGGUGACGAUGCAGGGGCCAAAGGCCUUGUGCGAACGGCGUCCCUCAAGGUCCAGAGGGGCAUUCUCGUGAGACGCAGUCAGUAUUUCAAAAUUAUGUUUGACGGUCGCUGGACACACGGGCCCAAAGAGGACAGUGUCAUCCUGAAUGGAGACACUGUUCGAAGUAUGGAGCUCUGGCUCCGUGUGUUGCACUCCACAACCGACGCUUUGCCCAAGCAAUCUCUCUCUGUUGAAGAAGUUUGGCACGCUAUCAUGGCUGGGGACAAGUACGGCUUCGAUCUCCGAGAACUACAAAGCUGGUUCGUCGCUUGGUAUAAGGAGAUGAGGACUGAGAGUGGGAAGAAGAAGUUCGAGGAAUUUGCGCCACAAUUGCUCUUUCCUUGCUACGCCCUCAAUUACGCUGGGGGUUUCCAGGAGUUGACUAGAUUCUUGACUUAUAACGAGCCGCGGCAUAUCAUGGAAUCCAACCCCGCGCAUCAUCCGCAGAUGCACCUGCGCCCUCGAAUUAUCCAACAAUUGAAUGCCGCGAAAGGUCGCCUGCGCACGAUUCUACACCAGGCUUUGUUCAAGCGUGUCAACGAGAUUAUCGACAGCGCAACAUGCGCCUGCAAAGAACAAACCGUGUUUGAUUUUCUUAAGACACUUCGACGCAUUCACGUCUCGCCGCUGGACCUGGACAGCACUAAAGCAAGUGCUGCGGAAAUGCUUGACCGAUUGCGACAAUAUGAUGGGACAAACACUCGCUCUCAAGGUCCCUCUUUAAAUGAUACUUCGCUUGAUCAUUCACGUCAAAGACCGUGUUCUGUGUGCUGGCUUGACGGGCACACCAUCGUUCGCCAGGCGGUCAGGCGGGUUUCCAGCUAUUUUGAUGGUCUAUGCCUCGACUGCAUGGAUCGUACAAAGGAUCUUCGGGUGAAGGGAAAUACAGACCAAGACUAUUGGUUUCAUAACGAAUGGAAGGAAUCCUAUGACAGCAACUGCCGCAUCUCGCACGGCGAGCCCACCUGGUAUUUCAGUUUCAUGGGACGUAAGGAGAAGCGCGGCCUCAUCGCCGAGUAG